CCGCCCCAGUCUCGCGAGAACCGCCGCCGCCGCCAUCGCCAUGGAGCCGCCAGUGCGCGGCCCGCCGGGGCUGUCGGCUGUGCUGGCGAGCACGGACUGGUCCGAGCCCUGGCUGCUGGGGCUGGCAGCCUUCCACCUGCUCUGCUUCCUCCUGACGUGCGCGUCCCUGCAGCACCGCCGGGUGCAGAUCGGACACUUCCUCUGCAUGGUGGGCUUAGUGUACUGCGCUGAAUAUAUCAAUGAAUUAGCAGCCAUGAAUUGGAGGCUCUUUUCUAAAUACCAAUACUUCGAUUCAAGAGGAAUGUUUAUUUCACUUGUAUUUUCAGCGCCACUGCUGGUGAAUACUAUUAUAAUUGUGGUCACCUGGGUUUACAGAACAUUGAAUGUAAUGACUGAACUAAAGAUGCUACAGCAGAGAAGGAAAGCAGAAAAAGAGAAAAAGAAGUGAAAGUGCCAAACUCUAUUUUUCUUUCUUCAGAUAUAAUAACACCUUUUCGGGUAAUCUGUCUUUCUGUGUAGGUAUGCAGGAACAGAAGUAUUUUUGUGUCCAACGUCAAGAGGACUUUGUAAUUGUGGCUGUGGGCAUUGAGGUGAAAGCACUUAUCUACAGUACAUUUAAAUUGGAUGUGAAAUUAUGAAACCCAAUCUUAACAAGUCUUUGUGCCCUUCACGACCAAGGCUUUUAGUAUUGAUGAGACACAAUCUUCCACUUUCCAUUUUCCUGUGUAUUUUUUUACUAUGUCUUUAUUUUGUGCUUAUCAAGUAUCAGUUAUUCUGUUGUUUAAGCCAAUUGGAGCUGUGUUGUGAAUUACAGUAAAUGAGAGAUUUUAUUCUGAAUAACUCAGGAAUCCAUGCUUCUGUGAAGCACUUCUUUAUAAACCAAGUUUCAUACUUCCUAUGUGUACUGUGUGCCAGUGGCAUUUCUAAAUAAAACUAUCCACUCACUGUAUCUUAAA